AUGCAAGGCAGCAGUUGGACUCGGUGGACGUACCCCUUCGAUCACGAAAAUUCGAAGAAGUGCAGGAAGUAUUGGACAGCGGUGCCACCGCGGAUCUCGAAGCAUCGCUCGUGGGCCUAG